GGGGCGGAGUGACAGCCCCGGCCGGGAUUAGCGCGGCGGGGAGCGCCGGGCCGGGGCCGCCGGCACCGCACCGCACCGCACCGCACCGCACCGCACCGCACCGCACCGCACCGCACCGCACCGCACCGCGGGACGGGCCCGGCCCGGCCCGGCUCUACCCGGCCCGGCCCCGCGCCGUGGGCAGGGCGGAGCAGCGGCGCGCAGGAUGCGGCGGUGAGCCCGGGCUGCCUGAGGAUGCAUCGCCCUUCAGCCCAGCCGUCAUCUCAGGGGUGCUGGGAAAGCCCCUCGCCGUCCCCGCACCACCCUGCCUGGCUCCAGACCUGACGUCCCGGUGCCUGCUCCGGCGGGAUGACCCAGGCUGGGGGGGUUGUCCGCUUCCGCCCCCAGGAGGGCUGCGCCGCCUCGCCCCCGCCGUUCGCCCGCCACGCGGACCACAGGCCCUGGCUGGGGGCCACCACGAGCCCCGAUCCCGGGACCUGCAGCCCCCCACGCUGCCUCACCCCCAACCUCAACGCGGGCCGGCUCCACCUCCUGCGCAAGGGCCUGGCCCCCGACGCCCGGCGCUGCCCACUCGGCCUCUACAACAGCACGGGCUCCCUGGCCCGCAGGCCACCUGAGACGGGGCUCUUCGGCACCGGGAGCUGCCCGGGUGCGGGGCGCGCCACGGCCCCCUGCACCCCACGCAGGGGCACCCAGAGCCCGGCACCAGGCUCCCCGGGCAGCCGCAGCCCGCUGGUGGCACCGGCGCCCGACGGGCACAGCUCUGUGGUCACCUUCCGCUUCAUCGAGAAGGCCAGCGUGAAGACGCUGAACGGCCUCCCGGUGCCGCGGGACGAUGCCCCCCACGGCCUCAGCCGCACCCUGGAGCUCGGCGAGGAGGGGGGCCCUGCGCGGGCGCCGGGUGGGCUCCCGGGGGGCAGUGAGAGCCCCCGGGCGCCGGCCUCGCUGCUGGCGUGCGAUGGCAGGAACAGGCACGGUGGCGGCUCGUGCACCCCUCCUGCGCAGCCCAAGCUCCAGGAGCGGCUGGUCCGCAGGCUGAAGCUGGAGGCCUCCGUGUCCGACCCGCUCCUGGCCAGGGACAGGUCCCUGGGGGACUCCUGGCCUGGCCGGGGCAGCGGGAGGGAUGCCUGCGCCCUGAACACCGGCUGUGUCUUCAGCUCCCUCACCAACGGGCUGCAGACCCCCCCAGAGGACCUGGUGGCCUUUGCCAGGAGCCCGCUGAACCCGGAGCCUCGGCACCAGGGAAGCUCGUGGGCCUACCCCCGGGAGAGCUCGGCCCAUGCCCAGCGCGUGGCCAGGGCCAAGUGGGAAUUCUUCUACGGCUCCCUGGAGGCUCCCAGGACAGGCUGCCCUGCCCCAAAGGCCCCCGACGCCGCUCCCCUCGCCGAGCCCCCGCAGCAGCCCGGCCGCUUGCUGCCCACAGAGCUGCAGAGGUCGGUGGCUGAGCACAGCCUAAGCCACGUGGAGGUGGAGAUAGAGGUGUCUCCUCCGGGCUGCAAGAAGCCCGGUUUUUGUGAGACUGGGAUUAUAAGGAGGACGGUGAAGUACUCCGAGACGGACCUGGACACCGUGCCGCUGAGGUGCUACCGUGAAACCAACAUUGACGAUAUUCUGGCUGAGAAGGACGAGGUGGAUUCGGCUAUUGAGAGCCAGAAGGACAGUGAGAGCAACCCGAGCUUCGCGGGCACGCCGGGGAGGAGGGGCAGCACGCCAGAGGAGCCCCCCGCCCAGGGUGCCGCCGAGCACCGGGACAAGGGCACGGAGAGCGGCACACGGGAUGGCGAGGCAGAUGAGGAUGACGAGGUGUUUGAAGUGAUGAGGCAGAACAGGCAAAGGGUCAUGGAUCGAGACACACAGAGCAUGCUCAAGUCUCCAGUGCCCUUUCUCCUAGGGCACAGCCUCUCCAAGGAUGGCAUGGACUCUUUCAGCAAGCAUUUUGAGAGCAUCAUGGAGUCCCACCGAGCCAAAGGCACAUCUUACACCAGCCUGGACUCCAUCGACAUCCUUUCCUCCCCCGCCCGCACCCAUGGGACCAUUUUCACCUUCGACCUCCCAACCCUCACCCCAGAAGUACAGGGACAGAUCCGAGACAGCGCCAAGCUGAUUGAGGAGAACUUUGCUCCUCUUGCUCACUUGGAGCCAGACUCUGGGACCAGUUCGGCCACAGAUGCUCCGUGGACUGAGAGGGAGGAGGAGCGAGGGAGGCGAGGGAAAGGUGCUAGGCACAGCCCUUGCCACUCAGAGGACAGCUUUGGUACUCCCUUGGCCUCCAACAUGAGCAACCACCCCCUGAGCCAGCUGGUUUCUGACUCAGACUCAGAGAUGGACAGCAUGGAGCAGCUUGCCCUGGGCAGCACGGACACUCUUUCCAAUGGGCACAAGGCUGACCUGGAGGCUGCCAAACGCCUCGCCAAGAGGCUCUACAACCUGGAUGGCUUUAAAAAAGCAGAUGUGGCCCGCCACUUGGGGAAGAAGUACGUCAAUGAGUUCAGCAAAAUGGUGGCAGGGGAAUAUCUGAAGUUCUUCGUAUUCACAGGGAUGAGUCUGGACCAGGCUCUCAGGUCCUUUCUAAAGGAGCUGGCCUUGAUGGGAGAGACACAAGAGCGAGAGCGAGUGCUGGCUCAUUUUUCCCAGCGUUAUUAUGAGUGUAAUCCCAAUGCCAUCUCUUCUGAGGACGGAGCCCACACGCUGACCUGCGCCCUGAUGCUGCUCAACACAGAUCUUCACGGACACAACAUCGGAAAGAGAAUGUCCUGCUCUGACUUCAUUGGCAACUUGGAGGGGCUCAACGGAGGCAGUGACUUCCCCAAGGAGCUGCUCAAGGCGCUGUACGGCUCCAUCAAGAACGAGAAGCUGCAAUGGGCCAUAGAUGAAGAGGAGCUGAGAAAGUCCCUCUCAGAGCUGGCCGACCCCAACCCCAAGUCCAUCAAACGCAUCAGCAGCUGCAGUAACCCCUUCCUGGACUUCUCGCAGGACCCCAGCAUCGCCACCUACAAGCACGGGCUGUUAGUGCGCAAGAUCCACGCUGAUCCUGACUGCAAGAAAACCCCCCGCGGCAAGCGUGGCUGGAAGCCGUUCCACGCCAUCCUGAAGGGGAUGAUCCUCUACCUGCAGAAGGAGGAGUAUAAGCCAGGGAAAGCGCUGGCAGAAGAGGAGCUGAAGAAUGCCAUUAGCAUCCACCACUCACUUGCCACCAGGGCAUCUGACUACAGCAAGCGACCCAAUGUCUUCUACCUCAGGACAGCUGACUGGAGGGUCUUCCUCUUCCAAGCACAGAACCCUGAACAGAUGCACUCCUGGAUCACGCGCAUCAACGUGGUGGCAGCGAUGUUCUCCGCACCCCCCUUCCCCGCAGCCAUCGGCUCCCAGAAGAAGUUCAGCCGCCCGCUGCUGCCCAGCUCCUGCACCAGGCUGUCCCAGGAAGAGCAGGUGAAGAGCCAUGAGACCAAGUUCAAGACCAUGUCAGCGGAGCUGGUGGAGCACCGCUCCUCCCUGCCAGAGAAGAAGGUGAAGGGCAAGGAGUACGAGGAGCUGAAGCAGAAGGAAGAGUACCUGGAGUUUGAGAAAUCCCGCUACGGCACCUACGCCAUGCUGCUGCGGGCCAAGGUCAAGGCCGGCUCCGAGGACCUGGCGGCGUUCGAGUCUACGCUCUUUGACGCAGCGGGCAGUGAGGAUGAUGGCCUGAAAAAGUCCCGCUCCAGCCCCUCCCUCAACGUGGAGCCCCCUGGGGCAGGCACCAAGGUCAAACGCAAUGUCUCGGAGCGCGCCAGCCGCCAAGGCCCCGGCCACCCCCAGAAGUCGUAAGCGAGGGGCAUCUGCCACCUGCACUGCAGCUCCGUUCCUGCCACCAGGUGCCAGGGUGGACACCAUGUGCCCGCUGCGACCCUGCACGAGGCCAUCCUUCUUGGGCACACGCCGUAAGGCACGACAGCCCUGACCCGGCUGCGGCCCCAGCCAGACCGGUCCGUGGCACCCUCCGGCCACAUCCAGGCCCCUUCGCUGGAGGUGGAUGCAGAGCAGGACCCUUCCCAGGCCUGGCCUGGGGGAGCUGCCCAUAGGGUUGCCUCCAUCAGACUUAGACCCUCUCCACCCCACCCCCCCCUUGAACUGUGCUUGGCUGCAGGCCCCUCCUGCCCUCCCUUCCCUGGGGAGGAGACAGUAUCCCAAACUCACCGACUGGGCUAAAUUCUCUAGUGUUUAAAAAAAAAAAAAAAGAAAAAAAGAAAAAAAAAGCCCGGGGCUGAUUUCCUCCAGCUCGGCUCCGCUGUGCCAUGUGGGAUGCGGUGAAGCGGGGGGGCAGAGAAGCUCCAUCAGGGCCAGCCCUGGCCCUGGCUGGUGGUCAGGCUGCGCCAGGGCCACGGGGGCUUGGCCCCCUCCCUGCCACCCCCACCGCUCCCACGCCUGCUUUCUUACAACUUUUGAACACUUUUUGUGAUACAGUUUUGCACUUUUUAGUACCAGAUCGAGCUGACCAUCAGGGAGUUUUUUUUUUUUUUUUUGGGGGGGGGGGGGGGGGCGGCACGUAAUUUUGAUGCUUCUGGGGAAUUGUAAAAAGACAAACAAACCCAGCCAUUUCCUGUAGACAUUGCACUGGGGGGGGGGGUUACAUGGACUCCAGGGGAGAUGGCGUGUCCCCCAGCUGCCAGCUAAGCCCAGGUGCACUGCUGCACCCCAACCAGCCUGCCAAGCCUGGCCCCCUCCUCUCCUGGCUCUGGCACCAGCAACCCUCCUGGAGAGGGGCCGCCCCGGCUGGGCCCCUUCUGCCUCGCCCGGGUGUAAGCAUAGUGCCGGGGCCGGUCAGGCAGCAGCAUGUAAGUACUGUCACAUAGGCCAGAGCGGGGGGAGCACCGGGCUAGGGCCCAGGCUGGCCGGGAGCCGGACCUCUGAGCCAGGGCUGUUUGCUAGGACAGUGCACUCACUUGGGGCUGGCCCCUGCCCGCUGGGGCUGCGUAGCCUGGAGCCGCUUUCCUCCUUUUGGUGCUGCUGCUCAAGGUAUUGCAAGGACCCGGCGGCUGCUGGCACGUCCCCGUGCAGCCAGCAGCAUGGUCCAAAGCUCAGGCGCAGAGGUGGCAAGUCCUUGUGCUAGAGAAGGAGAAGCAGGGGCCAGAGCCCCUUCCUCUGCGUGUGAUCCAUCUUCUCCCAGGUAAGCAGCAGGCUGGUGCAGCCCCCACUGCCCCAAAAGCGGGGACCACCCUGAGGCAGGCGAAAGGCGCUCCGGCAGCGCUGGGGUUUAAGCCAUGACAGCAGGAGCAGAGGGUGCAUGCGGAGGGGUCCGGGGACCAGGGACAGCACAAGGGCUGGGGAGGGAGGGCUGGAAAGGCGCUGUUCUUGGCCACCAGGGACUUGGCUGGUUUCAGCACUGACUUUGCGAAUGUGUCAAACUUUUUAUUCUGCUCUUCUGAGUCUAUUGCAAAAAAAAAAAAAAAGAGAAGAAAAAAAAAAAAUCCACCCUGGCCCCAGGUGGCUUGGGGCAGGGAGAAAAACCUUUGUACAGCUUCUUCUGUCAGUUACUGAAGUAAAAACUUGCUCUUCA